AUGUUGAUGCCAAUUAGCUGUGUUGAGUGCCGGAGGCGCAAAGUCAAGUGCAACAAGCAGGUACCUUGCAACCAGUGUUUAGUACGGAAUCGACAGUGUUCUUAUCCAGAAAAGUUCCGCUCCAUUCGCGUUGAUCAAUUCAUAGUAGAUGCUCCGGAAGAUGAGAAAGCAGACUCGCUCAGCUCGGGUUUAGUGUCGCCUACCAGCGGGACAGUCAAGUCUGAGCCUCCGACCAUUCCUGCGAAACGGGGACCCGAAGAUGAUGCUGUGAUAGUCGGAGACACAGGAAAUGACAAGGACGAGAUAAUACAAAACCUGCGCAAAGACAACGAAGCAUUGAAACUCAAAAUCAAAGAACUCAAGCUGAAGUACAAACGUGAUAAACUGAAAGAGUACGAUGAGGAUAAUGCUGCAGAGGAUUCCGGGAAUUCCAAGCCGGCCGGCCCCAUGUACUAUGGUCCUAAUUCGACACGGUUUAUGAUAUCGAGAGCUCUAUCAAACGCGGAUGUCGGAGAGUUUGACGACUUUAUUAAUGUCAAGAGGCAAAUGAAACAGAAACGACAGCUACCAAUUUUAUACGAGGUUGACCCGGAAAAGGCCAAAUCAAUGACCGCGAAACAAAAGACACAAGAAAACAUCUCACUUAUUCGCAAGCUUGUGUGCAAGUUUUUCCACCUUCGAUUCCACUACAUAAACUAUCUUGAUCAGGCCCCGUUGUUAUCGUUCCUCGAUAAUUACAAGAACGCCAAAACCUGGAAAGACGAUGAUGAUACCUUGCUGCUCAUUAUCAUGGUGCUUAUUGUUGUGUUGCGCUCUGUGCCCGCGAGCGAUCCGCUCUUCCAGGAAUACAACCUUACUUACGAGCGCACGAGGCCACUGUUGUACAAGCAGUACAGGAACUUGAAAUCAGGCAUUCAGGUGGAAACUACCACGAGUCUGCGUGCUUACAUUCUGGAGUGUGAAGAUCUAUAUUUCAACAACCAGAUAGAAAGGUCCUGGAAUCUACUUUUCCGCAUUGUUAGUGCCGCGUACUCUCUUGGAUUACAUGUCUACGAUGAGACCAUUGCCGAUACACUCAAAAAGGAAAAUAGCGAAGCUGCUCUCGACAUUGUGAAAAAAAAUCAGCGGGCCUCUCUGUGGUUUGUGAUUAAUUUCGUGUCUGCCACACUUUGCUCUGUCUUGGGCCGCCCGAAUCCUGUCACAUUCACGUUCCAACCUUUAUUGAGAAACUAUGAGAUUAGACUCAACUACAAAAUUGGAUUGGCAGAGCUGGUGAAAAAGUCCACCAACAUUCUCAUUGACUCGUACAAAGUCAACAUUAACUUCGACACCAUUAUGGAAAUAGACGAGGCCUUUGUUAGCGAGGUCCUAAUUUAUGAAAAAAUCUUAGCUGAUACACGAGACGUGCGAAAUUAUAAAGGACGAGACAAAUCCAAACCUAGCUAUAUCACAUUGCCAGUCAUUGACAAGAAAGCGAGAAGGAGGAACUCAUUCAAAUCAUUGAGUCAGCUGAACCUGAGCCAGCUUCUCAAUAGCUGUCCUUUGGACAUCCGUUUCACGAUAUUGCGACCUUGCAAAACUGAACCCGAAGAAAAAUUCUGUCUUCUGGAUACCGAUUGCGAUACACUUAAUGAUCUUAUCAUGCUGUACGGUAAUAGAGCUAAAUUCCACCAGCAUUUCAUGUCAAGCUACCAGAAAUCGUUAGAGAGCUGUUUAGACUCAGUCUUGAAGGUUUUAGAGCACGCUCAGUUGCUAGUUGAGUUACACAACAAUUUCUUCCACAAACCAUCAUUCCAUGACAUAUAUCCCUUCUUCUACACUUUCUUCUACCAAACCCUGGUCGUGAUGUAUACUGUGAUGCAUCUGGGGUACAACAAGCUAUACAUGUAUUCUGAUACCAUUGGUGCUAUACGCCAACAACUAUUGCAUCUCUUUGAGAUUGUGGAUCUUAAUUACUGGAGGCCGAACGUCGUCCGAAUCAUGCAGUACAUCAACGAAAUGUGCGACAAUUACUUCAAGAUGCAUGCAGAAGUACAAAAACAAAACUCUUCUCUGAAUUUGAGGAACUCAGAACACAAAACUGAACCGGGGCCGCAAUCUCGAGCCUCUGGACUGUUCCAGCUUGCAAUGACGCCCAUCCAAGAGGACAGUAUCCCGAUUUCCUCAAACUCCAAGAUACAAGUUCAUAACGUGCCUGAGCAUCUGUCGCAGGAUCAUACCAGAAUGACCAACCUUCCAGGUCAGGACUCUCCAGAACGUGUUCCCUUUUACAUGAGCAAUAGUGGCAACUCAUUAUCUCAGAUCAGUCUUGGAAAUUACAAUUUAGAUUACUAUGAUCCUAAACAGCAGCUGUUUCCAUUGCCACAACAAACCAAAAGCACGGAUUACCAAUCCUCGGGCGUUGACCAGCUUGAUUCAUCUGUAACUGUCGAUCCGCUGCUGGGCUUCGAUCUAAGCGACCCCUUUUUUAUUCAAAACCCUUCCAAUUUCAACUACUCAGCCCCGAUAGAUCAUGAUAAAGAUUCGGACAGCGACGCGCCGCUGACCGUACGGCCCAAAAAUUCAAGAUUCAAUUCCAAUGACUCGAACGACUUCACCAACUACCUCUCGGCUACUCAUAAUAGCCGAGGUAAUAGCUUCUGA